AUGGCGCUCCAGGCAGCGCAGGCGCAGCAGCAGGCCACCCCGUCGCCUUCGCCGACGCGCGAGGGGACGGGUAGCGGCGAGUGGCCGGGCGACGUGGAGAAGCUCCCCACCGCCGGCGCCGGCGCCGCCGCCGCGUCCCCGGACGACGUCGAGCUCGUCGUCGUCGCCUCCACGCACCACGCCGCCGCCGCCAAGUACGUGCCGCCGCGCGCCACGUUGCACACCGCCGACCCGAACCCCGGCGGCGGCGGCUCCGCGGGGUGGUACUCGUGGAACGGCGGCCGCACCCGCACCGCGGCACCGCCGCGUCACGCUCGCCCCGAUCCGACGCCGCCACGGCGCCAGCAGCCCGUGGAGGCCCCGCCGCCGCCCCCGCCCGCGCCCUCCCCGGCUCUGCCUCCGGCUACCCUCCCGCCCCGGCUCCGGCUCAGGUUCCCCUACCGCCCCGGCUCCGGCUCCACGGGCCCCGUCGCCUCAUGUGCAGUUCAGCGCACCGCGCUGCUGUCCAGGGGCGCCGCCGCGGGGCUCUGCCUCGCCGCGCUCGCCGUGCUCGCCGCCGACACUCGCAAGGGCUGGGCCCGCGACUCCUACAGCAACUACACCCAGUUCCGGUACUCGGAGGCCGUCAACGUGAUCGGCUUCCUCUACUCGGUGUUCCAGUUCGUCGCGCUCGCCGAGCUCAUGAGGAGGAACAAGCAUUUGAUUCCUCAUCCCAAGCGUGAUCUCUUCGACUUCACCAUGGAUCAGGUGUUAGCGUACCUUCUGAUAUCGUCAUCGUCGUCAGCAACUGCUCGAGUAAGUGAUUUGAUCGACAACUGGGGGAGCGAUCCCUUCCCGAGCAUGGCGAAUGGCUCCAUCGCCAUAUCUUUCCUGGCAUUCGCGGUUUUCGCCAUCUGCUCCCUCAUCUCCGCAUACAAUCUGUUCCGCCGAGACGUGUAG